CGAGUAAUUCGGCGCUGAAAAGGAAGGAGCCUACUUUUGUAGUGGUACAACCAAAGCAGCGCUCGCGAGGGGAACCGCGGUAUUCAUUAAAAAACAGCGUCCACCCAGUUGCUUUGCUUACGAGCAUUGUGACGAAGCGCAGAGUUUGGAACAUGGCGGAUAAAGAGGUGUACGACGAUGCGGUGGAGGAACGAGUCAUCAAUGAGGAGUACAAGAUCUGGAAGAAAAACACACCUUUCCUGUAUGACCUGGUGAUGACUCAUGCGCUAGAGUGGCCGAGCCUCACUGUCCAGUGGCUCCCAGAUGUCAACAGGCCAGAGGGGAAGGACUACGCCGUUCACAGGCUGGUUUUGGGGACCCAUACAUCAGAUGAGCAGAACCACCUUGUGAUCGCCAGCGUCCAGGUACCGAAUGACGACGCCCAGUUCGAUGCUUCGCACUACGACAGCGAGAAAGGAGCAGAGUUUGGCGGAUUUGGUUCAGUAAGCGGGAAGAUUGAGAUUGAGAUCAAGAUCAAUCACGAGGGAGAGGUCAACCGAGCCCGCUACAUGCCCCAGAACCACUGCAUCAUUGCCACCAAGACUCCCACCUCUGAUGUGCUGGUCUUCGACUACACCAAGCACCCCUCAAAGCCAGAUCCCAGUGGGGAGUGUAGUCCUGACCUCAGGCUGAAAGGUCACCAGAAAGAAGGGUAUGGCCUCUCCUGGAAUCCCAACCUCAGCGGCAACCUGCUCAGCGCCUCCGACGACCACACCAUCUGUCUAUGGGACAUCGGGGCCGGCCCAAAGGAAGGCAAGAUUGUGGACGCCAAGACCAUCUUCACCGGCCACACGGCAGUGGUGGAGGACGUCUCCUGGCAUUUGCUCCACGAAUCCCUGUUCGGCUCAGUCGCUGACGACCAGAAACUCAUGAUAUGGGACACCCGGUCCAACACCACCUCCAAAGCCAGCCACGCGGUAGAUGCUCACACUGCCGAGGUCAACUGUCUGAGCUUCAACCCCUACAGCGAGUUCAUUCUUGCCACUGGUUCUGCUGAUAAGACUGUUGCGCUGUGGGAUCUGAGGAACCUCAAACUGAAGCUCCACUCCUUUGAGUCCCACAAAGAUGAAAUCUUCCAGGUACAAUGGUCUCCUCACAACGAGACGAUCCUGGCCUCCAGCGGCACCGACCGGCGUCUCAACGUCUGGGAUCUCAGUAAAAUUGGGGAGGAGCAGUCCGCAGAAGAUGCUGAGGACGGCCCACCAGAGCUGCUGUUCAUCCACGGCGGCCACACAGCCAAGAUCUCCGACUUCUCCUGGAACCCCAACGAGCCCUGGGUCAUCUGCUCGGUGUCUGAGGACAACAUCAUGCAAGUCUGGCAGAUGGCGGAGAAUAUCUACAACGACGAGGAGCCAGACAACACCCCUGCAUCAGAACUGGAGGCUCAGGGUUCAUAACCUGGCUCUGCACGAGACCUCCGCCUAUCACACCCCCCUCCCCCUCCCUGUCUUUCCCUCCCUUCCCAGACACCCAGCCUGUCAUUAUCCCUCCCCGGCUUAUCAAGUGCAAAAGUAAAAGUCUGCUCUCCACAUGAACGAACAUUAAGAGUCGGAGACGGCGUGGACAAGACGGCUGGCUUUCAGCUCAUCUCGCUUACACGUCACCACGGCCCGGGUACCCAGCGGCACGUGGGAGAAGGUUAAGAGUGGAACAUGAUACUUCUGCUCAGGCGGUAGUAUCUCUGUCUGUGUGUGUGUGUGUGUGUGUGUGUGUGGGGGGGGGGGGGGCGGGGCGCUUUGAAGACGCUAAAGAAAACCUUCAUGUGCACAAAGUCACGGCGAGCUAUUGGUAUGACAAAGUCAAAGGGCUCAUGCAAGGAGAACGUGUCAUUUCACAUUUUGACUUUGAGUAGGCUUCAGAAACCAAUAGGAAACCCGAAAUGCCCAUCUCCAGUCUUUUAUACUUUAUCCCCCAUAAUAAUCGUACUCGACACAUUCAUGGCGGCCCUUUUUGAAGAAAA